CGUUACAAUGUCCUCUUAAUCUCUUCUAUAUUCUCAACAUAGAGUUUAAAAGUUGCUAAUGAUAACAUUGGGACCCUCAAAGAGUCUUAAAUCCACGUUUUGCAUCAUUCUCAGACUCAACCAUUACCUAUCUAAUCUCUUUUGUGGCCCCCAUCUAUCACACUUCACACCUUAUCUUCCAAAACAUUUUAAAUCAACUAAUUUUCUUCCCUUAUUUAUUGUGACUCGUCCUCCAAAAAUAAAAGCUUUGUUCCCCACAAAAGCUUCCCCAAUCUCACUCAUUUGACAAUAGGACCACCACCACCACGUACGGUUUGCACCAUAGGCACCACAAACUCCCUCUUCCUUGCAAUAAUUACACCAUCCACCAGAACGUCUCUCUUUCUUUCUUUCUCUCUUUUUAUGUUAGUUUACCUUAACAAUUUUGUUUCUUCAUCGAGGUGUUGAAUAUAAUGGACCUCAAGUACUCAGCAGCAUCCCACUGCAACUUAUCUCCAGACGUGAUGAAGCAUCAUCGAGGAAAAGAAAGAGAUGAAGAGCAUGAUGCUUCUUCUCUCAGCUUGAACAACUUGUCAAAGCUCAUUCUUCCUCCGCUUGGUGUUGCUAGCUAUAACCAGAAUCAAAUCAUUUCUAGUGGAUGGGUCAUCUCACCCUUGGAUUCAAGAUACAGGGGGUGGGAAUCAUUUAUGGUGCUUUUGGUUGCAUACUCUGCGUGGGUUUACCCGUUUGAAGUCGCGUUUCUGAACUCCUCACCAAAGAGAAACCUCUGUAUCGCAGACAACAUCGUAGACUUGUUCUUCGCUGUUGACAUUGUCUUAACGUUCUUCGUUGCCUACAUAGACCGAAGAACACAUCUUCUUGUCCGUGAACCCAAACAGAUUGCAGUGAGGUACCUUUCUACGUGGUUCUUGAUGGAUGUUGCAUCCACUAUACCCUUUGAUGCAAUUGGAUACUUAGUCACCGGCACAGGCAGGUUGAACCUCACUUGUAAUAUCUUGGGACUGCUCAGGUUUUGGAGACUCCGACGCGUCAAACACCUCUUCACAAGACUAGAGAAGGACAUAAGAUUCAGCUACUUCUGUAUCCGCUGCAUUCGACUUCUCUGUGUGACGUUGUUUCUAGUGCACUGUGCUGGAUGCAUUUAUUACUUGCUAGCAGACAGAUAUCCACAUGGAAAGACAUGGAUCGACGCAAUCCCUAGUAUAAGGGACAAAAGCCUUUCAAUCAAGUACAUUGCUGCCAUUUAUUGGUCUAUCACAACAAUGACCACUGUUGGAUAUGGAGAUCUCCAUGCAAGCAACACAACUGAGAUGGUGUUUAUCACGGUCUACAUGUUAUUCAAUCUCGGCCUCACUGCUUAUCUUAUUGGUAACAUGACUAAUUUGGUCGUGGAAGGGACUCGUCGUACCAUGGAAUUUAGAAAUAGUAUUCAAGCAGCGUCGAACUUUGUAAACAGAAACAGAUUGCCACCAAGAUUGAAAGACCAGAUACUAGCUUACAUGUGUUUGAGGUUUAAAGCAGAGAGCUUGAAUCAGCAACAUGUUAUUGACCACCUCCCAAAAUCUAUCCACAAGAGCAUUUGUCAACAUCUUUUCCUUCCAUCCGUUGAAAAAGUUUACCUCUUCAAAGGCGUCUCGAGAGAGAUACUUCUUCUCCUGGUUUCCAAAAUGAAGGCUGAGUAUAUACCUCCAAGAGAGGAUGUCAUCAUGCAAAACGAGGCACCAGAUGAUGUUUACAUAAUCGUAUCAGGAGAAGUUGAGAUCAUCGACUCAGAGAUGGAGAGAGAUAGCGUGUUGGGCACGCUAAGGUGUGGAGACAUAUUUGGAGAAGUUGGAGCACUUUGUUGCAGACCUCAGAGCUACACUUUUCAAACAAAGUCUCUGUCGCAGCUUCUCCGGCUCAAAACAUCGUUCCUUAUUGAGACAAUGCAGAUUAAACAACAAGACAAUGCCGUGAUGCUCAAGAACUUCUUGCAGCAUCACAAGAAGCUGAGUGAUUUAGAUGUUGGUGAUCUAAGUGCACAACAAGAUGGAGAGAAGGAUGAAGGUUCACCUAACAUUGCGUCGAAUCUUAUCACAGUUGUAUCUACAGGCAAUGCAGCUCUUCUUGAUGAGAUACUCAAGGCUAAGUUAAGCCCUGACAUUACAGAUUCCAAAGGAAAAACUCCACUGCAUAUAGCAGCCUCUAAAGGCUAUGAAGAUUGUGUUCUAGUACUCCUAAAGCAUGGAUGCAACAUUCACAUAAGAGAUGUGAGUGGCAACACGGCUCUAUGGGAAGCAAUCUCAAAGAAGCACCACUCGAUUUUCAGAAUCCUUUAUCAUUUUGCAGCCAUAUCGGAUCCACACGUAGCUGGAGAUCUUCUAUGUGAAGCUGUGAGACAGAACAAUGUAGAAGUAAUAAAGGAUCUUCUGAAACAGGGGAUCAAUAUUGACACGAAGGACCACCAUGGUUUCACAGCUUUGCAGGUCUCAAUGUCCGAGAACCAAAUGGAUAUGGUUAAUCUCCUAACUACGAACGGUGCAGAUGUGGUGGGUGUCAACGCAAACAAGUUCACAUCAUUGGAGAAGUUAAGUGUUGCGGAAAAAGAAAAAGAAAGAGUGAGUAUUUUCAGAGGACAUCCAUUGGAGAGAAAAGCAAAAAAUAGCUAUGAAGCUGGGAUGCUUAUUUUGCUUCCUCCUUCACUGAAUGAUCUCAAGAAAAUUGCAGAUGAAAAGCUUGGGUUUGACGGAAGUGAGAUGAUGGUGACGAAUGAAGAUGGAGCUGAGAUUGACAGUAUUGAAGUGAUUAGAGACAAUGACAAGCUUUACUUUGUGGAGAAGAUAAUAAUUUAGAAAACGAAGUUUAAAAACAAAAAAAUGUAUGAGAUAUAAGAUUAUUAGCGUGAAAAAAUGAAUUCGAAGUUAAAAAAAAAGCGAAGAUAUGAUAUUAUUGGAUGUAAAAUGUAUUAUUGCUGGAGUAAGAAAAUGUAAAAGUGAUCUGGUAAACUUUUUUCGUUGUAACAGUGAUCUGGUAAACAUGUUCGUGUAUAAAUAGUGUGAAUCUGAGAA